AUGGCAUCACCCACAACACUCCAGGCGGCCAUCUUGGUCGUGUCGACAACAGCCGCGCGCGAUCCGUCGACCGAUGCGGCCAUCCCGGCGCUGACGAGUGUCUUGGAGGAGAGCGGCCAAUGGACGGUGGCAGAAACACAGAUUGUGACCGACGAGGCGGCCGCCAUUCGCAAGCAGAUACAGGCGUGGACGGAUGUCGACGAGAGCAGAGAAAGCUUCAUCAGCCUCGUCGUCACGACCGGCGGCACCGGCUUUGCCGUCUCCGACAUUACCCCCGAGGCCGUCUCCGAGUUGAUCGAAAAGCCGGCACCGGGCCUGGUGCACGGCAUGCUGGCGGCCUCACUGCAAGUAACGCCAUCAGUCGCCGUGAUGUCGCGGCCGGUGGCGGGCGUGCGGAAGCGCAGCAUUAUCGUGACUCUGCCAGGGUCGCCCAAAGGCGCCAAAGAGAACCUGCAGGCGAUCGUGAAGAUGUUGCCGCACGCGUGUGUCCUGGCCGCCGGCAUGGACUCGCGAGCAUUGCACGCAGGUGGGGUGAAGAAGCUCGAGAAGGAGGCGGGCGUUGUUGCUGGUGCUGGUGCUAGUGCCGCCAUUCGCAUGGUCACAGCCACGGACACGGGCACGGGCAUGGGCAUGGCCACAGCCAUGGUGGCCACGGCCACGGACGCGGCACCGGCAACGCCUCUCUCCAACGACCCGAGCCUGGGCCCUACUCGACGGAACCGGGCCAGCCCGUACCCUAUGCUCUCUGUGGACGAGGCUCUAGCACGCAUCGACGAGUUCACGCCGGGCUAUGUCGAGGCCGUGCGGCCGGUCAACGAGGCCCUCGUCGGCCAUGUCUUGGCGGAGGACGUCUACGCAGCCGAAGACGUGCCGGCCUUCCGUGCCAGCAUCGUGGACGGGUAUGCCGUGGUGGUGCCGAAACCGAGCGACGCCGAUGCCGACACCGAUGACCAUGCCGAUGGUGGCAGUCGCACCCUGUCGGGCGUCUUCCCUGUCGUGGCCGUCUCGCACGCGGCGCCCGACGAGGGCAACGUCCUCCGCGCCGGCGAAAUCGCCCGCAUCACCACCGGAGCACCCCUGCCGGCCGGCGCCAACGCGGUCGUCAUGGUCGAAAACACGGUGCUGCAGUCCCGAACGGACGACGGCGCCGAGGAAAAGGACGUUGCCAUCCGCGCUGCCAACGUGCGCGACGGCGACAACGUGCGCGAGGUCGGCAGCGACGUGCGCCGCGGCCAGCUGAUUUUGGCCAAGGGCGCCAAGAUCACGGCGGUCGGCGGCGAAGUGGGAUUGCUGGCGUCGGCGGGCGUGCAGAAGGUCGCCGUCUGCCGGCGGCCCGUGGUGGGCGUGCUGUCGACGGGCAACGAGGUGGUGGAGCACACGUCGCGUCCGCCGUCGCGCCUCCGGCUGGGCGAGGUGCGCGACACGAACCGGCCGACGCUGCUGUUGGCGGCGCAGGAAUGGGGCUUCGACACGGUCGACCUGGGCAUUGUGGCGGACCAGCCGCACACGCUGGAGCAGCGGCUGCGCGACGCUCUGCGGCAGGUCGACGUGGUCGUGACAACGGGCGGCGUGUCCAUGGGCGAGCUGGACCUGCUGAAGCCGACCAUCGAGCGGGCCUUGGGCGGCACCAUCCACUUUGGCCGCGUGGCCAUGAAGCCGGGCAAGCCGACGACGUUUGCCACAGUCGAGGUCAAGGAGGCGGUGCGCGACACGAGUGUGGCCAGUGCCGGCGGAGGCAGUGCUGCCGGCGACGUCGUCCACAGCACGCGCCGCGUGGUCCGGCCUGUCUUCUCGCUUCCCGGCAACCCGGCCUCGGCACUCGUCACGUUCCACCUCUUUGUCCUGCCGGCCCUGCACCAGAUGGCGGGAGAACAGCCACGCGGCCUGCCACGUGUGCCCGUCGCGCUGUCGCACGACUUUGCGCUCGACAAGGAGCGGCCCGAGUACCAUCGCGCCGUGGUCAGUGUCGGUGCCGACGGCGUCCUGAAAGCGACGAGCACGGGCGGCCAACGCAGCUCCAAGGUCGGCAGCAUGCGUGGUGCAAACGCGCUGCUAUGUAUGCCGGCGGGUCCAGAGCCGUUAAAGGCCGGCGCCACGGUGGACGCGUUGUUGAUGAGCAAUGUUCGGAGCGAACUGUGA